AUGAAAGCUCAUUAUCUAGGGAUAUCGAAGUCUUCACCCUUAACAACUAGUUCGUUCACAGAAAAGUUGGACGGAAGCCUGUACAUACCUUUGAUAGGGACAGAUGACGCCGGCCUCUACGAGUGCGGCGUGGAGAAUGAAACGACAUUCUUAGAUAGAAUCAAUUUAACCGUCCGAAGAAAACCUAUAAAAACUAUACCUAUAGAUUUUCUAUCUAUAUUCUCACGCCGUAUCUCUAGACCUUUAAUUUUGAAAUCACUUUUUAUUUGAUUGAACUUCUUUGCUAUUAAAAUGUUUAAUUUGAGUUUGAGGCUGUUAUUAUAAAAGAAUAGCACUACAGGAUGUUUAUCUAGGUUAUACAAUUUCCAAUAAACAAAUAAAGCAGUUAUACAUCAUCCCCUUCUCAAAGCUACAAAACUUAUAGAAGAUAUGAAUUUAUUCGCAGCCGAGCCUCCUCCCCUAGUGAACGUGACGGUGCAUGCGUCCACUAUCCUCGCGUUGAUCCUGUGGAACGUGGCGGGUGAUGGUGGACAUCCCAUUAUAGACUUCACGGCGCAGUACCGCUCCGCCGCACCGGUCAACGGCUCCUUGGAACCGUGGCGCCCGAUCAGUCCCAACCACAUCAGUCCUAACUCGGGGUCCGAGUCGUUCGACACGCGCACGUGGGUGGCGGCCGUGUGCGUGGUGAUGGGCACGCUGCUCGUGCUCGCGGCCGGCACGUGCGCGGUGCUCUGUCGCGAGUGGCGUCGGCCCGGUGAGAACACGCCGCCUCACAUCUAG